UCGCGGUCACUGAUGAUGUUCUCGGGGAGACCGUGGUGGCGAGCGACAUGAUCGAAGAAGAAGGGGAUCUCGGUGGGGUCAGGAGGGAAAUGCUGGGACAGGACAUCAGUGGUGACGAAGAAAUGGCGAGUGGGGUCAGCGAUCUUGAGGAUGGGGGCGGUGGUGAUGAGUUACUUGAGUUUGUCGAAAGCGGCUUGGCGGCGUUCAGUCCAUGUGAAGGACUCGGUGGCGCGGGUGAGCUCAUGGAGAGGGUAGGAGACGUCGGAGAAGUUUUGAAUGAAGGGGCGGAUGGAGAGAACUUUGCGAAGGUGUUCGAGGUGGGAUUCAAAGGUGGGGCUAAAGACGAGGAUGUCAUCAAGGUAGAUCACGGCACAAACUUCGAGGAGGUCGCAAAAGAUGUGAUUCAUGGUAGAUUGGAAUGUGGCGGGGGCAUUGGUGAGUCCGAAGGGCAUCACGAGGAACUCGUAGUGCCCGAAGCGAGAGCGAAAGGCGGUCUUGUGGGUGUCCUCCUCGCGGAUGCGGAUCUGGUGGAAGCCACUGCGGAGAUCAAUCGAGGUGAAAUACUUGGCUCCACUGAGGCGAUCAAGAAGCUCGGAUAUGCGAGGGAGUGGGUACUCGUUCUUUAUCGUGAUCCGGUUCAGGGCACGGUAGUCUGUGCACAUGCGGAGUUUCGAGGUGCCGUUCUUCUUAACGAAGAGACAACUGGUUCCGAAGGGGGAGGAGCUAGGCUUAACGAAUCCUUUCUCAAGGAGUUCAUUAAGUUGUCACUUCAUCUCUUCGGCCUCGGGGACAGAGAGCUGACCGGCGGGCAAGGACUCGGGGAAGACAUCUUUGAAUUCGGAGAGGAGGGCGGUGAUGUGGGGAUCAGAAGGAGGAUCUUGGUCGGGUUUGUCCGUUGGAAGCAAGUCCUCGGGACGCUCGCGGUCGAUGACAAGGCAAUAGUAAGCGGAGUCAGGGUGUUCACGGGACAUGUGGAGGAAUUGAUGUGGGGAGASGGGGGGUGGGGUGGAAGGGGGAAGAAGGUAGGGGAUGUCAACGGGAGAGUCGGGAGGUGGGAGUUGUUUGCGACGCCUGGGAGUCGUCCGGUGGAGGCGGCGUCACUAGAGAGGGGGGAGGCAGACGAAUUGUCGAUGCCAGAUGGGCCAUGGAUGGGACGGAGGACGUCACCGAUGGGUGGGCCGACAGACGCGAUGUCGAUGCCGGGUCGAUGUCCUGGGGACUGUGUUCAUGAUGAGGAGGGACCCGCGCUUGCCGAGGGCGGUGAUGCGGAGGUUGCGGGUAGAGUGGAGGUGGACUGGCGGGUGAAUUGUGCGGCGUUGAGGCAAUUGGUUUUGUUGGUGCCCCAAUUGACGACAACGGAAGCAACCCCCUUUUGCUUGGAGGUAGGUGCGCUCCUCGGGGGUGGAGGUGAUGAGGGUGGCCCACUCAAGGAAGGUGUGAGGCCGGAGACUGGAGUGGUGGCGAUUAGACAUUUCGGUGUACCACCAGCGAGCCGCGUUGUCCAGAAGUCGGCCACCAGCGAUGGGGAGCCAGUGGAUGACGGGGAUGCCAUGGAGGGAGAAGGCUUGUUGGAGUUUGGUGAGAAAGAGGAGGACAUCCUCAUGGGGUUGGCCCAAGAAGUAUGCGCGGAAGGGAUUAGGCCGGAAGAUGCGAAGGUGGAUAGUAUUCGAGACUGGACACGACCUCAGACUGUCACUGAGGUCAGAUCUUUCUUAGGAAUGUGCGGCUACUAUAGGAACUUCGUAAAGAACUAUUCUACAGUCGCCUCUACUUUGACGGAUCUAACUCGACUUGACACGCCGUGGGACUGGAGUGAUGAGUGCGAGGGUGCUUUCAAGCGAUUGAAGCAUGCACUCGUGAAUCAUGAAGUUCUCAUGGUUCCCGAUCCUCAGAAGCCAUUUAUAGUGACCACAGACGCAAGCCAAUAUGGCAUUGGCGCAAUGCUGGCUCAGCAGGAUGGGAAGAAGUUGAGACCGAUUGAGUACAUGAGCAAGAAAAUGCCAUCGAAGAAAUUGGCAAAGUCCACCUACGAAAGGGAACUCUAUGCUCUCUACAAGGCACUUGUCCAUUGGAGACACUUCAUAUUGGGAAGGUUCUUCUACUUGAGGACUGAUCAUCUGACCCUCAAAUGGAUCAAGACUCAACCAGCUCUUUCUGACGCACUCAAGCGAUGGAUUGAAGUCAUAGACCAAUAUGACUUCGAGCUUGAGUAUCUGAAGGGAGAGUACAACAAGGUUGCAGAUGCGCUAUCACGUAGGGCAGACUACCUAGGUGCGCUAGUUUCUGAGUUUGGUGUAUCUGAAGAAGUAACUCAAUCAUUGGUGGGAGCCUAUCAGGAAGACCCUGUCACGAUGGACAUCAUGCGCAAACUUCAGGCAAAAGACAAGGCCACAGAGAAUGAGUUUGUGAUGGUGGACGGGCUACUCUAUCUUGAUAAGGCCGGUGUUAAAAGGCUAGUAGUUCCAUCUAGUGAACGUUUGCGUAGUUUGUUUUUAGGAGAAUGCCAUGAAGCAACCGGGCACUUUGGUUACAAAAAGACGAGUGCUAAUCUAGUACAACGAUUUUGGUGGCCUGGAAUGCUAGAUGACGCGAAGAAGUAUGUAGAGACCUGUCAGGUCUGUCAGCGGGACAAGCCGCGAACUCAAGCACCGCUUGGGUUGCUGAAGCCCUUACCUAUCCCCGCUGGUCCAGGACAAAAUGUUUCCAUGGAUUUCAUGGAUUCCCUGGUGACCAGCAAGAGUGGCAAGAGGCACAUCUUCACCAUCAUUGAUCGAUUCACCAAAUACGCUAGACCAGUUGCCAUGCCAGAGACCGCAAGGACGGACCAUGUCAUCAAGUUGAAACUGAAGGAGGAUCUGAUUGAACACACUGCCAAGGAUCCGGACCUUAGUCCCAUCCUUGAGCAGCUCAAGGCUGACCCUAGUAGUCGACCUGAUUUUCACGAGUGUGAGGGUCUGGUAUUCCGCCGGUAUGGGAAGUUUGAUCGUUUGUGUGUACCCAACCAUGCGCCUCUCCCGACUCAUUUCUUGGAUUUGGCACAUGGUCGGAGUGGACACUUCAGCUUUGAGAAGACUCAUGGAAGUUUGCAGCAGUUUGAUUUGCCUGGAAUGAAGGGAUCUGCUCAUAAAUUUAUUGUUGAAUGUCAAGUCUGUCAAAGAACCAAGGUCCAUAGGCAUAAGCCUUAUGGCCAGCUGAACCUCCCAAUCCCUGAUGGGCCCGGUGAGUCGGUCUCUAUCGAUUUCACGGACAUUGGGAAGGUGAGAGAGGGAGGACAUUCACAAGUCAUGGUCAUUGUGGAUCGUUUUUCCAAAUUUUUGAAUUUGAUUCCUCUACCUCCUCAUGCACCAACUGAGCUUGUGAUUGAAGAAUUUCACCAGCAGUACAUUCUGCAAUAUAGACCCCCGAAAACUUUUGUGAGUGAUCGGGACACCAGGUUCAUUUGUGCUGAUUGGAAGGACUUCACUUCGCAGAUCUACUACAUUAAACUCAACAAGACUCCUGGUGGACACCCGGAAGCCAAUGGAUUAGCUGAGGAAAUCAACCAGACUGUCAUUCAAUUACUGCGCGCGUUAAUUGUUUCAGAUCAGAACACGUGGGACAAGGAGUUACACAAAGUGAAGGGGUUGUACAACAACUCCAUUCACUCAGCAAAUGGUGUGACACCGAAUCAGCUGCAAUAUGGUUGGCAGUUGUUCAAUCCUCUCUUCUAUUUGUUCCCCAAAUGGUCCCCUGGUCUGACGCGCGGCAUGCCUGGCUACAAUGCCAAGUAUGCACGCCUGCUUAAAGUUGCUAUCGCAGCAAUGAACAAGCGUCAGCAUGCCAUGGUCAAACAUGCUAACAAGUCGCACAAAGAAGGGAACUUCAAAGGAGGGAGUUAUGUCUGGGUCAAAAUGUCUGAGUUUUCUGACGAAGAGGGCGUAUCACGAAAGCUUCUGCCAUUGUACUAUGGCCCUUGGCAGGUUCUGAAGGUGAUUGGGGAUGAUUUUGGUCCUUCGUAUGUGAUUGACGUGCCUCCUCAUCUGCGCAUAUAUUCGGUCUUUCACGCUUCAAAACUGUUUCCACAUAUCGAUGACAAGACUUUUCCCUUCCGAGAUCCUAUGAUACCUCGUCCUAUCGACAGCGACCAUGAGAUAGACAGAAUUGUUUCCUAUGAAGGAAGAGGGAGGAACAGACAGUACAAGGUUCACUUCCUCUAUCACCCGUUGAACGAGUUUUUCUGGAUCGAUCGAAAAGAGCUACCAAAGAAUGUUCCACGUGUUGUUAACGCUUACGAACGACAGAUCGCUGAUGGACAAACUUUUAAAUACAAUGUGGCCAAGGUAUUCUACGCUUGGGGCAGCGAAAGUGCAUUCGUUGAGCUUGGCGUAGAACUUUUGGUCUUUGAGGAUAAAGAGGACUUGGUGAAUUUGCUGAAGGUGAGUGUCGAAGUAGACUGGACGGUCGCUGGGGCGUUUGUGAGGCCAAAAGGCAUCACAAGGAACUCUAAAAUGCCCAAAGCGAGAGUGGAAGGCAGGCUUAUGAGUAUCCUCUUCGCAAAUGCGGAUUUGGUGGAUGCCAUUUCGGAGGUCGAUCUUUGUGAAGUACUUGGCUCCACGGAGGUGAUCCAGAAGCUCGGAGAUGCGAGGCAAGGGGUACUUGUUCUUGAUCGUGAUCUGGUUGACGGCACGGUAGUUUGUGCACAUGCGGAGUUCAGAGGUUCCGCCUUUCUUGACGAAGAGGCAACUUGUACCGAAGGGGGAGGAGCUUGGCUUAAUGAAUCCUUUUUCAAGGAGUUCAUUGAGUUGUCGCUUCAUUUCUUCGACCUCGGGAACGAAGAGCUGGUAGGGUGGUCGACAUGGAGGAGUGUGACCGGGUUCCAGAUCAAUGAGAAGGAGAGGAAGGAGACCCUGCUAAGAAGGCAAGUGGCUCUCCUAGAGACUGUCCCCUCACUGAUUGAAGUGCAGUGUGGGGAACAGUUGCAGUCCAUACUCACAGCCUUGGUUCAAGUCCGGAAUCUUGAGGACCAUACCACUCAGAUCGCUGAAGUUUUUGCGAAACUGCAGACUCUUCAGGAUGAUCUGACUGAUAUGACCCGCAAGUACCAUGACUUGACCAAGGAGGUGGCUGACCUGCGACAAGCCCAAGUGGCCAACCCUCUCCCUCUACCCCCUGGAUCCGGAGCUGCAAUCGGAACUACUUCUGCCCCUCUUACUGUAUCUUCUUCUACCUCUUCUUCGAGUGUGAUGGCAACUUCCUUAGGAUCUGCAGCAGGUGCAGACUCCACUGUUGCUGUAACAAGCAACGAAGCUGGAACUUCUGCAAUUGCUGCAGCCCCAGGAUCAGAACCAGCUGCUGCUGGUCCUAGCUACGCAGGUCCCUAUGUGGACCGGAAGUCGGUUCAAAUGCCGUCCAAGUACGACGGCAAGGAAGACAUCGAGUCCUGGAUCGGCUCCAUGCGGGCCUACUUCGAGAUCCUGGGGACUCAAACUGAGACCCAGGCGGUGAUCAUGGGAAUGAAUGUCGAGUCGGUUGUCCUCCAAGAGCAUGAGGGCCAUCUGAGGCAGGUCUUGGAGAAGCUAAGGGAAGCUAACUUCAAGAUCAACGCGAAGAAGUAGUCGCAGCCACAGGGACAGGUGGUGAAGGAGGAACCACAAUCCUCAAGUCCCCCUCCUCCUCUGACUGCGACCCAACAGCGUGUUCAAGAGAUGAAGGAGAAGCUGCAGCAGCAGCAGGACUUGCUAGCAGAGUUGGAAAGGAAAGAGGCAGCCGAGAUGGAAGCUUCAACAGAUGCGUCCCGCAAGACGUAUCUGUUGGAGCAGCUGGCCGAGAUAGAGGCAGAUGGUCUGUCCUCAGAAGCGAAUAAGUGUAUGGCAGAGUGGAUCCGACUGGACAACAAAGCUACAACUACUUAUUUCACUAACUGGGAUGACCGGAUGGCACGACUAGAACGCCGUGUUGAUGAUCUGGCAGCUCAGCAAACAAAGAUCCUGACAGCAAUAGAAUCUUUGGUUGCUCAACUGACAGCUGCUGAUAUUGUUGUUUCCUCCUCUUUGUCUUCCAAACCUCUCAAACCUUUUCCUCCUUCCUCUCACCUUACCAGUUCCAGACAUUCUUCCCCUCCACCAUCUCCUCCCUCAAAAGCAUCAGUCCCAGGGACCACUGUCCCUCCAGAAGGUGAUCAGCGGAUCUUUCCCAAGAUCCUAACCCCCAACAAGUUCAAAGGAGAUGAUCCCAAAGUGGAUGUUGGGGAUUGGGCUGCUGGUGCAAGAGCCUACCUGAGAGGCUUCACCUGUCCUGAAGAGACGAAGGUCUCUACUGUUCUAGGUCUGUUGAAGUGGGCCACCUCCACCUCCAGCAGCCAAGACAAGAGGCUGGAAGAUUGGGCUUUUGGGUUGGGAGUGGACGGGCUUCUGCAGGCUCUGGAGGACAGAUUUGCAGAUAAGGAGCGAGCCCGAAAGGCUUCUGAUAGGAUUGCUCGCCUGGGACAACAACAAUAUUCAGGGACCCUUCACUCCUUGUUUGCAGAAUUCGAGCAGCUCCCCUGGGGCUGCACAUUAUUUAGCAAAGUCGUCCUCAAAUCUGGCUAUCACCAGAUUGAGAUGGCAGAGGAGGAUGUCAACAAGAAAGCCUUCAAAACCAGCAAGAAACGGCGCAAGGCAAAGAUGCCGGAGCAGCUGCCAGCACUGCCUGGACCCCCUCAAAGGAAACUGCCAGGGCCACGCAAGGGUGGUUCUAAAGAAGUACCAAAGACUGGUUCUAAGGACGUGACAAAGGCUGGUUCCAAAGAAGCUGUACGGACUGUUUGCCUGAAGAGAUCCUUGAGUGCUUCUGUGAAUGAUGCCAAAGGAAAAGCAAAGAAUUUGGCCUCUGGAACAUCGACUAAAGUUUGCGGCGGAUUUUUGAAGACGUUGGAAUCAUCUUAUGUAUCUACAGGCAAAGAAGGGUUAUCGACUCACGGUCUCGAAGAUCGUGGGGCCUUUUGUUCACAGAGGUUUGAUUAUAAUUCGGCUCACAGAGAUAAUUCAGAGACGGCAGUGGAACCGCAUGGAUACCUGCAGCCUGGUAAAGUGGGGGAUGAUUUGGUCAGUAGAGACAGUGGUACUCAAUCUGACAGUUCCUCUGAUGAAGUGGAUUACCUGACUCGUGCUCCUCUUGGGAUAUCCUUAGCAGAUUUUGGGGUGAAGGUUGUUGGACGCCGAACGUUUCAGUUACCCACAGGGAGCACAUCGAGCAAUGCGCUUCGGACUAAACAAUAUGAGGGUAAUGACAGCAAUGGCGGCGACGGGUCGUUGCUCCAACUGAUUGAGGCGGCUGUUGACUUGCUUGACCUCGUUGUCGAGGGAAUGGAUGUCCUCUUGUUGUGCAAUGCAGGUUGCCGGGAGGUCCAUGAGGUGGGAAAGCAAAGGCAAGAUCCUGAGUCCUCUGUCGCAGAGUUCGCAACCUUCGGCCUCGGUCCGUCAUUCCGUUGCCAUAUCGCGGCUCCGACCUUACCUGCAGGUGUUCCGUCGGCUAUACCCCCCGGAGUAGCACCGACGAUCCCGCCUGCUAUUGCUAAUCCUAUUACUGCACCUCCUCCUCCUCCUCCUCCUCCUCCACCACCUCCUCAGUAUUCACACCUCGGUAAUCAACCGGUGGCGCACGGUGGAAACUCUUCUGGCAGUGGGAAAGGCCAUUCCGCGAAUGCGUUUCCAGGACCUGGAAACCGAGCCUACUUCACCAAAGAAUACAUGGACAUCCUCAAAGGGAUCAAGAUGAACAAGGCAUUGGAGGAGGCUAAGAAGAAGAUCGGUGGUUCCAGACGAAGCGGUGGGAAGGCUAUUGAGCUCCCGGAGGAGAACAGCAGGACAGAGUCAAGACCUGCUGAUAAGUCCRAUGAAAUGAAGGCUUGGGUAACAACCACCCKCGGCGACUCUUUGAAGCUCAUAACCGAGAAGUUGGAAGCURUAGAUUCGAAGGCGAAACUGACGUCGGCGGAGAAGGAGGAAUUAGAGCAACUUCGAAAGGAGAAGCUCGUCGAGAAGGGGAGUAAGGAUAGUAAGGAUGUGUCAAGCAGCGAGAAGAGGAAGCGGAUCAACGUACGAACUCCGCUUGUGAACUCACCUUCCGGUGCUCGUGCUAAGUCCCGUUCUCGGGGUAGCAUGAAGACUCGGCCGAAACGCAUCGAUGUCUCAUCCGAUGAGGAGGGAACCGGCGGGGUGAUACAGAACCUCCAAGUCAAGAUGGAGAACAACAGUGAGCUGUCUGAUAUCAAACGCAUGUUGGCUGCCCUUAUGCAGGGGCUGGGUGAUGACAAAGGGAAGGCUAAAGUGGUCGAACCCUCAAGUAAUAUACCCGAUGUCACUGUCGAUGACACGGAGGACGUGGACACUGUUCAGAACGUGUCAAAUGCCGAGGACGAGGAGGAAGAAGAUGAAGGGGGCCUCGCAGCUUACAUGAAAAUUCGGAGUGACUUCUACAAUUCACUGCAUUACACACGGGUGCAGGAGCUGUGCAAAGAGAAAAACAUCCAAUAUUUUCGCAAGGAAAUGGGUGCCUGGGAGCUUGCAAGACGGGAUCUGCAGGACUACGCCGAUCUCCUGAAGGAAGAGAAGGGCGGGAAGAAAGGCGAAUCGUCCAAUCAGCCUGAUGACACCGAAGACGAGCCUAGAAAGUCAUCUGAUCGCUUCUUCGAUCAGACGGUCCCCGACCUCCACUUCUCCCUCACCCUCCAGCCACCGGAUAGUAUCCAGGCGCCUCGGCGCUACCAUUCCUCCGCCUACUUCGACGUGCUGGAGAUUGGGUACGACUUUAUCCUUGGCACUCCCUGGUCUCGCCGGUUCCGUAGCACAGAGGCCGAAUGGGCGUUUGAGACACUCAUUCUCAAAACGAAGUGUGGUCAAACCGAUCGAGUCCCCUUCAUUGGAACCACGGGCGACACCCCUCCAAACCUACCUCCCCAGGACCCUCGUCCUUCUGGGUCCCACCCAGACAUCUCCUUCACUUCUCCCCGUCAGUUUGCUCACUUCAUCCGACAGGAGGACGUCACGCUCUACUCAGUGAACUUCAUGGAUCUUCUUCGCUACGAUCCACUCUGUCCCGAGGUUGAGCUCAUCUCACUGGAGCCCGAUCCCCCUGACCCUUCCUCCAUCUUCGCGGCUCCCAUCUCUACAUCCACCCCGCAGCCUACGGAUACCCCCUCGACAUCCCAGGUUCCUACGCCGUCCGCUGCCAAGUCCACCCAUACGUCUCGUGCCGACGCAGACGUUGAGGAACUCAUGCGGUUCACGGCUGACUUAGAGCCCGUCAUGCGCGACCUGAUUCGGGAGUACCGCGACGUCUUCCCCCCGUAUUUCUCAUACAGUGGGAUUCCCUCGAUGCGCGGUGUCGAGCAUUCCAUCCAGCUCGUGCCUGACUAUCGUCUUCACCAUCAGGCACCAUACCGACUCUCGAUUCCAGAGGCGACGGAACUCCAGCGUCAGCUUGAGGAGCUCCUUCGACUUGGUUUCAUUAAACCUAGUAACUCCCCUUGGGGUGCACCUGUCCUCUUUGCUCGCAAAGCGGACGGAACUCUCCGCCUCUGCAUCGAUUAUCGCGGCCUUCACCGUUACACGGUUAAGAACAGCUAUCCCAUGCCCCGCGCGGAUGAGCUGUUUGACCGUCUGGCAGGCAGCCGCUUCUUCACGAAGAUCGAUCUUCGUAGCGGUUACCACCAGAUCCGCGUUGCCGCAGAGGACCAGCCGAAGACCGCCUUUCGGUCGCGCUUCGGCCACUACGAGUUCACGGUGAUGCCAUUUGGCCUCACCAAUGCACCCGCCACCUUCCAGACGGCGAUGAACGACAUCUUCAGGGACAUCCUUGAAGAAUACGUUCUCGUAUACCUGGACGACAUCCUGGUCGCCGACAUCGUCUUCGACCGAGUCGUGAGAGAUCACGGCUUACCUCAGAGCAUCAUCUCCGACCGUGACCCGCGCUUUACCAGCACAUUCUGGCGACGCCUACACGAGGUGUACGGAUCCCAGCUCCGCUUCUCAUCGUCUUACCACCCUCAGAUGGAUGGUCAGACUGAGGUCACCAACAAAACUCUCGGUAAUAUCCUCCGAAAGUUUGUUAGGGAUGACCAGCAGUGGGACUUACACUUGGCCCACGCGGAGAUUGCGUACAACCACGCUGUUUCGCCAUCCACGGGGAUGUCGCCAUUCUAUUGCGACCUCGGCUACCACCCUCGCGUACCUGCGGAUUUCCUACGACCAUCGCGGUUGCGCCCAGACACUCGUUGCCCUGCGUUUGACGACUGGAUCGCCCACAUGGCGGUGAUUAUGAAGCGCGCACACGAGAGUUUAGCCGACUUCCAGACUCGCACGGCCGCACGAGCGAACCGAUCACGAAUGGAUCAUCCAUUCAAAGUCGGUGACGAUGUGCUCGUCGACGCACGCCACUUACAGCCCGAAGCAGAUAUGCUUCGCAAGUUCAGGCGUCGUUUCUUCGGUCCAUGCCGCAUCCUUCAGGCCGUCGACUCUGAUACUGCCGCUAGUCCGGUCAGCUUCCGUGUGAAGCUACCUGAUUACCUUCGACAGGCUCGCGUACACGAUGUUUACCACGUCUCCUUGCUGCGUCCUUAUGGUAGACCGUCCGAGCGCUUCGUCGGACGCCCUUAUGAGUGCCCUCCACCUAUCAUGGUGGACGGUCACGAGGAGUUGGUUGUUUCCGAUAUCGUAUCACGCCGAGUUACCGACGAUACCCCUACAUGCAUCGAGUACCUUGUGCGUUGGAAGGGCUACCCUGAUGAGGAGGCUACUUGGGAGCCGCUCGAGCACUUGCAGCACGCCAGGAUGUUGGUGCGUGCAUAUGAUCGUGCUCGUCGUGCUGGGACAUCUGCUUCUACUCAGACGACUGACCCUCUUCCUCCUCCUCCGGCUGAGGAGAUCGCUGAGGAUGAGCCCGCUCCCUCUGAGGCCGUUCCUCAGCCGCAGAUGGUCGCCUCCGAGCGUCCACAGCGCACUCAUCGUCGCCCUUCACCUCGCUGGUUGAAUGGCUUAGUGCAGCAGCAGGGCUACGGUCAGAACUUCGAUGCCUGGGCACAGGCCCAGACAUUGGAAGAGUUCGUACGGUCCGUGUAUAAUAGGUGGCAUGACCCGCAAGGGGCUCAGAAGGCCACCGAUGCUAUCAACAGUUUUUGUUCCCGCAGGUUCAAGAAUGUUAGAGAGCUAACGGACACCGUAGAAUGUUUACUCGUGGUACCUGGUGUGCGUUAUGACCAGCAAGUUCUCCUGACGGAUUACCUAAGGUGCCUAUCUGCAGAGGUAAGGACCAAGCUGGUUGAUGAGGCCUAUGUCGAACAGCACAACUUCGCUACUUUUAGUAAGAAAGCUUUGGACAUAGAGGCAAAGCUGGGAUCCGCGCAUCAGGCAUCUCAUGAUGAUAGGCAGAGACUUCCCCAGGACUGGAAGAAGAAGGGUCAGUUGAUGCUCGUUGACCAUGAUGGUCAAACGACGAAGAUUGACGAUUUCCCAGACCUUGGGGAGGUGACAGAGCAAGAUGGGGCUAGUGAGACUUCGGAUGGGGGAGUCGUGGCACCCAUCAAGGAAAAGGCUAGGGGGACCGGGAAGAAGAAGGUAGUACGGUCCACGGGUCAGGGCGACCAAGGAACACCCGCAUGGGUAAAACUUGGUUUUGAGUAUGACGUGUGGAGGGACCGAGUUGCUACGGGCACGUGCAUGAACUGUGGCAACUAUGGCCACACGUCUCGAACGUAUGGUCUGUACGAGUUUGUGGUGGUGCUCUUUGGACUAUGCAAUGCACCUGGUACGUUCCAGCACGUGAUGAACAGGAUUUUUCAUGACUACUUAGACAAGUUUAUCUUCAUGUACCUCGACGAUAUUCUCAUCUUUAGUAGGACUGUAGAGGAGCACGUUGAGCACUUGAAAACAGUGCUAGGUGUCCUAAGACAGCACCAGUACAAGGUUAACUUGGAGAAAUUUGGUUGCACCAAGGUCUUGUACUUGGGUCAUGAAAUCUCAGCAGAUGGAUUGAGGUCGGAUGAUGCUAAGGUGGCCAGCAUACGUGACUGGCCCAGACCUCAGACUGUUACUGAGGUCAGAUCGUUUUUGGGGAUGACGGGCUACUAUCAUCCGUUUGUGAAGAACAAUAGUACUAUAGCUUCCCCAUUGACAGAUCUAACUCGACUGGACACCCCUUGGGAGUGGACUGCAGAGUGUGAGGCAGCCUUCAGAAAACUGAAGUAUGCCCUGACACAUUAUGGAGUUCUUAAACUUCCUGAUCCUGAUAAGCCAUUUGUCGUGACCACAGACGCCAACCAAUAUGGCAUAGGCGCAGUCCUUGCGCAAAAGGAGGGGCCCAAGUUGAGACCUAUCGAGUACAUGAGCAAAAAGAUGCCAUCUCAGAAACUAGCUAAGUCCACUUAUGAGCGUGAGCUCUAUGCCCUGUACAGAUCGCUGGUACAUUGGAGACACUAUCUCCUUGGCAGAUUCUUCUACGUGAGAUCUGACCAUGAGACCUUGCGCUGGAUUAAGACACAGCCAAUACUCUCUGACGCAUUGAAACGUUGGAUUCAAGUGAUAGACAUUUAUGACUAUCAACUUGAUCCAAUCAAGGGAGAGUACAACAAAGUGGCUGAUGCAUUAUCUCGCCGGGCGGAUUAUCUGGGCGCACUAGUGACCGAGUUUGGCAUAUCUAGCGAUUUGACUCGAUUAUUGGUGGACGCCUAUCAGCAAGAUCCAGUUAUGUCUGAGAUCAUCUGUAGAUUCAAGGCAAAGGAUAAAAAGACUUUGACGAAUUUACGAUGGAUGUCGUCGACGUCCACGUGGCCAUCCAUGGUUGGGGGCAGCAUAGAUCUCCGUGAUGGGAACUGUGAUGUCUCAGUGAAAGGUGCAAGCUUGGAGGCGUGGAAAACAGGCGCCCAGCUUACUCUACUAGACUAUCCUACCUACAGCUGGUUCACGCAACAGGAUCAGUUCGACUCACAAAGACCAAUGUACAUGACUGCCAACACCAUCGCCGACCUGUCUUCAUGUUCCAGGUCGUGCGUGCAUGGGGAGUCACAGCUAUGGCGCCAGACUAGUCCCUACACCCCUGAGCAGCAAGCAAAGAUGGCCGCCUUAGUGAAAGAGAACAAGGAGAGAAGAGAGCGCGAGAAGCAGGCGAAGCUAAAGGCUAUCGCAGAUGAGCAGGCAGCGAAGAUGAAGAGGUUGGAGGAGGAGAUGAAGAGAGUGCAACAAGAGGAGGAAGAAAGAAGAAAAGUUGCUGAAGCAAAAGCAGCAGCAGAAGUAGAGAAAGAGAGAAUGAUAAUUGAGAGUGGAGAAGGGAGCAGUGGUGGCACGAUGAAGUGGGAGACAGACACUGAGCUGGAGAAGAAGAUCAGCGAGUGGGUCUCUAAUUUAUCGUUGGGGGAAGAUGAGGAGGCGGAGUCCUUUGUGACGAAGGAUGAGAAGGCUGCGCUGGCCGCUGAGGUAGCAGCCAUGACAGACCCAAUUGAACGAAGAGAGAGGGAAGACGAGCAAAAGUUAGCAUGGAAGUUGAGAAUGAAGAGGGAGAAGAAGAGGAGGAGAGAGGAAGUGAAUAAGAUGACCGCAACAGUGGCGAAGGUGCAAGAGUGUAGAGCGGAGGUGCUGGCCCAGCCAGAUGAUAAGGCCAAGUGGGACAAAGUACAGGGCUAUCUAGAGGUGUUGAGCAAGGCCUGGAUGGAGGAGCGCCAAGCAAGCUGGAGCCAGGAUGUAGCGUUGAGUGCCAUGCGGUCCGGGUUUAGGGAUUUUGCGCGCGAAAUUGUCUCCCACAUUGGGGGCGAAGUCAAACAGUUGAGAGACAAUGUAGGGAAGUUUUGUGAGGGCGCAAUUCAGGGUGCCAAAGCUGCAGCCGUUGUAGAAGGAGAGGGCAGACCCCGUAAGGACCCAGUGAAACUUAAGUUCCCAGACGCGUACGGGGGAAAGAAGGACGAGAACUUUGACAACUGSGAGGCCAGUGUCAAUAGUUACAUUUACUUACAGCAUAUCCUGAUAGAGGAGCAAGUCCUCGUGGCCUUUCAGGCACUGAAGGACAAAGCGGCUAGCUUCGCCAGGUCUCUCGCACGUACAGCCGGUUGUGAAAACAACCUGGUUGCAUAUUCCAAAGUCACUCCUCUUUCCCAAUUCCUCAAGCUCGUGAAGGAGCGGUUCGCUGACCCAACGCGAGGCAUUAGAGCCUCUGAUAAGCUCCAAAAGAUCCACUCCCGGCAGUGGAAGAGUGCUAAAGCACUCAAGGGUACUAUGGACGACUUGGUAGCCGUCCCGGACCACGGGGUCACUGAGCCCCAGCUGGUCCAGUUGUUUUAUCGUGCCAUUCCAGAGGCCCUACGCGGGCAUUUCUUUGACAAAUCUCAGCAGGCCGGCAUGACUUACGAUGUAUUGAGUAGAGAAGUCAUCCUGUAUGAGUCGAAGUCUAUGCCAGUUACCACUUUCUGGCAUAAGGACGUGGAGAAGGGGAAGAAGUGGAAAGAUCGUACCAUCUCGGGCCAAGUCAAGGCCAAGGAUCACUUGAUCUUGACAUUAGAGGAGGGUGAUAACACCUUGGCACAUUGCUGUCUCAGUGCUUCCGCGUUUGCGCGAUUAGUAAAGAAGGAGCAGUUAGAAGACCAGGUCUUUGUAGUUUAUGUUAGACCUGUCACUGAGGCCCAGGAAAAGGAUAGUUCCACAUAUCCAACAAUUGCCAAGCUGCUGGAAGAAUUCAAAGACUUGACUGAGUCGCCGACAGGAGUAGUGUCGCGACCCAUCGAGCAUAGGAUAGAGAUAGAGCCUGACAGCAGAACUCCUAAGGGUACAGUCUACAGGAUGUCCCCAAGAGAGUUAGAGGAGCUUCGCAAGCAGUUAGACGAACUCCUUGAGAAAGGUUGGAUCAGGCCCAGUUCGUCUCCUUUUGGAGCACCCGUUUUGUUUGUCCCCAAGAAGGAAGGAGAGUUGAGAAUGUGUAUAGACUACAGGGGUUUGAAUGCGAUCACCGUGAAGAAUGCUGRGCCGCUGCCCAGAAUAGACGAUCUUUUAUAUCGGGUGCAGGGUUGUAAGUAUUUCUCUAAGAUAGACUUAAAGUCCGGAUACCAUCAGAUAUAUGUCCAUCCUGAUGAUCGGUACAAGACUGCAUUCCGGACUAGAUAUGGGCAUUAUGAGUUUAUAGUGAUGCCCUUUGGACUGGCCAACGUGCCAGCUACUUUUCAGCGUUGCAUGAAUGACCUGUUUAGACCGUGGUUAGAUAAAUUUGUGGUAGUCUACUUAGAUGAUAUCCUAGUCUUUAGUAAGACCCUCCAGGGAGAGCACCAGGGUCAUCUGAGGCAGGUCUUGGAGAAGCUUAGAGAGGCUAACUUCAAGAUCAAUACGAAGAAGUGUGAGUGGGCCAAGACGCAAGUCUURUACUUGGGCCACGUGUUGGACGGAGAUGGCAUUAAGCCAGAGGACAGCAAGAUAGUGGCGAUUAGAGAUUGGUCAACGCCCCGCACGUUGACAGAGUUGCGGUCGUUCCUAGGCCUAGCUAACUACUACAGGAAGUUUGUGAGGAACUUCUCCACUAUCGCCGCUCCCUUGCGCAGGUACCGCAGCCACAGCCAGUGUGAUCAAGAUAUCAGCACACAGGUGAGUAUGCAAGGACACCACAGAACAGCCAACAGGGGGAGAGUCACCUCCCCUUACACAGCAGGACAGGAGGCGAAAGCCGCCGCCAUCCCGAAAGAGAGAAGAGAGAAGGAGGAGGCCAAGAAGAAGGCCUUGCUGGAAGAACAGACGGCAAAGAAGAAGAAGAUUGAGGGAGAGAUGGCGAGAGAAAUGGAGAGGUUGAAAAAGGAGGAAGAAAAGCUUCGAGCGGUAGAGGUAGAAGAAGAAGUAGAGGAGCAGCCGCUGGAGAGGAGAAGAACCGGGCAAAGAAGGGAAUCCAGUGGUGUGAAGGAGGAUCCAUUGGAGAAAAAGAUCACGGAAUGGGUGGCCAAUUUAUCCCUGCGAGAAGAGGAGGAGGCAUUAAUGUAUGUACCCAGGGAAGAGCAGGAGGCGACCAUGAAAGAGUGGUAUGCAGAGGAAGAUCCACUCAAGCGGCAGAGAAUCAAAGAUGAGAAGAGGAUGGACUGGAAGUUGCGGCUGAUGAGGGAAAGGAAAAGAAGAGUGGACGCAGUGGGCUCAGAGGUGAAGGCCCGCCUAGAGAGCACAGAGCGUUAUUGCACGGGCACCAUAGAGGGCGCCAGGUUGGCGGCAACCAAGGAGGAAGAAGCACGUCCUCGUAGGGAGCCUGUCAAAGUGAAAUUUCCCAACUCCUAUAGUGGAAAGAAGGAGGAGAACUUUGACAACUGUGAAGCGAAUAUUAGGGAGGAAGCAGCAAGCUUCACUCGUUCCCUGUGUCGCGCCGCCAAUUGCAAUGAUGACUCUUAGUUGCAUAUUCAGGGCUCACCCCUCUCAGAGAUUUCCUUAAGUUAUUGAGGGAACGGUUUGCAGACGUGACCUAUAGUGUCAAAGCCUCAGAUAAACUGCAAACCAUCCA